AUGAUCGUUACAGAGAUCUUGGACGGCAUUCCUGUCGAUGAUUCUGUUCGUACAGUCAGGCGGAAUGAAGUGCUCCUUACGGACAUUCCUGAUCCAGCUCCAAUGAAUCUUUGGCGGGACUACCCUCUGCUGGGUGCCAUCAAUCUUCCUGUGGACCAUGUCCCUGGCAAAUUCAUGGUUCCACAAGGGGUCUUCGAGAGUGAUGAAAUACGCUUGGAGUACACACGCUUGAUGGGGCGUCAGCCAUUCUAUCAUCGCAAUGCGGAUGCGGAUGAGAUUGCUUAUCAUGUAACCGGUACACGCCAGGUCCUGACGGAGCUUGGGACGGUCGAUAUGGAACCUGGAGAUUUUGUGCGCAUUCCCGUGGGUGUGUCGCAUGAUAAUAAUGGGAUUGAUGAUGUCCACAUUCUCUUCUACAUCCCACAAGAUGUGAAAGAAGUGGUCAAUCCUUGCAAGACCGCCGAAUAUCGCAUGCCACCAUAUCCUGGCUGGGAACAGAAAAACUCGGUCGAAUUCAUCACGGAGCACCUCGGAGAAGUGGGCAGUGAUCACAGCGUGUUCUAUACCGAUGAGAAGAUGUUGCUGGAUAACGCUAAAAGUGAUCCGUCCAAGAUGUAUGUCGUGCGAGCAAGCGGCAUUGAAGGGACAGAAUGGCUGUACAAGUCCGAAAACAUUUGGAUUGGCAGCACCAUGUUUUCGCGCAGCGAUGCCACGACAUACGUCAGACAUCGGCAGGCAGACGAGAUCCAGAUUCAAACACAAGGACGUCGUACGUUGAUCAGUCAACGAGGGUGCCUUGAGCUUGAACCGGGCGACUUCAUCGCCAUUCCAAAAGGGUGCGCCUUUACCAAUAUCGCAAAUGAGAAGAAUGAGUACAUUACAUGUAUUCUUCGACAUCCAGCUGCAGCAAAGAAGCCAUUUACUAAGAUAGCAACUCAGGAUGCCGCAGAGCGACUAGCGGUGUUCAGAGGUAACAGUAAUGGAACACGUAACUAG